AUGACUGACGAACAGUUUGACGAAUACCGUGAAAAAAUUUGUGAAGGUGUUCGCAAACUCAUGGAAGGAAUUACACUUGCGGACGAUUGUUGUUUGCGCGAAAGUUCACCAUUCAAGCUGGAAACCUUGUUAAGCGGUGCACUAGAGGCGAACUAUGACUAUCAGUAUAAUUUGGGUCCAGAAAUUUACAGUCGGAAGGUAUUCGUUGGUGGUUUGCCGAUUGGUAUUAAGGAAGGUAAACUUAUUGAAAUAUUCACUCGCUUCGGUCCAUUGAUGGUGGACUGGCCAAGAAAAAACGGAAAGACAAGGUGGCACAAACCGAAAGGUUGCGCGUUCCUUAUCUUUAACCUCGAGAUGUCAGUGCGAAAAUUAGUUGAGAGCUGCAGAAGCGAAGGCGAGAAACUGUUUUUCCUCAUCCACUCACCAGCUGACAGGGAGAUGGUGAAAGUUCAAAUUCGUCCCUGGCGGCUGGAGGAUUCCGACUAUUCGGUCGAUGUAAACGUACCGAUCAAUCUCCAUCUUGUAGUUUUUGUUGGAGGAAUGCCGAUACCAUUCCGUGCAGUGGACUUGGCACACACCAUGGAUCGUCUGUUUGGAAAUGUGGCGUGUGCUGGCAUCGAUACGGAUUUCAAAUAUAAAUAUCCAAGAGGUGCUGGACGAGUGGCGUUCACCGACUACAGCUCCUAUAUUAAAGCAAUUAGAGAGCAAUACGUUCAGCUUAAUCAUGGUGAAAUCGAGAAAAGUGUAGAAAUAAAGCCAUACGUAUUGGAUGACCAAUUAUGUGAAGAAUGCGUUGACAAAAAAAAUGGCGGAAAGCAUGCUCCAUUCUUUUGUCCUCAUGUGGACUGUCUACAGUACUACUGUGAAUCCUGCUGGACGUUGAUGCACAGCACUCCAUUGCGAAAACACCAUGAGCCUCUCAUUAAAGAGGCAUAA